GGGGAGGUGCGGGUUUGAGGGAAGGGGGCGGGUCGGGUCCUUCCUUGGGGUGGGGGGAGGGGCGGGGGCCCAUGUGACCGGCUCAGACCGGUUCUGGAGACAAAAGGGGCCUUAGCGGCCUUAGCGGGACAGGCCGUAGCAGGAGGGAGCGAAGCAUCGAGACGGCAGUGAGCGAGAUGCAGCACCGAAGCUUCUUCCUUCUCGCCCUUCUUGCCCUCUUGGUGGUCACAUCCGCGGUGGCCAAAAAAAAAGAGAAGGUGAAGAAGGGCAGCGAGUGUUCGGAGUGGACCUGGGGGCCCUGCACCCCCAGCAGCAAGGACUGCGGCAUGGGUUUCCGCGAGGGUACCUGUGGGGCCCAGACCCAGCGCGUCCAUUGCAAGGUGCCCUGCAACUGGAAGAAGGAAUUUGGAGCCGACUGCAAAUACAAGUUUGAGAGCUGGGGGGCGUGUGAUGGGAGCACUGGCACUAAAGCCCGCCAAGGGACCCUGAAGAAGGCUCGGUACAAUGCCCAGUGCCAGGAGACCAUCCGCGUGACCAAGCCCUGCACCUCCAAGACCAAGUCGAAGACCAAAGCUAAGAAAGGAAAAGGAAAGGACUAAGUCAGGAGGCCAGGGAGCCUCUGGCCUUGCCAGGAGUCUGGACGGAACCCUCCUCUCCCACAGGCCCAAGAUAUAACCCACCAGUGCCUUUUGUCUUCCUGUCAGCUUUGUCAAUCACGCCUGCCCUUUCAUGCCCACAUCAAGUGCCCAAAGUGGGGAGGGACAAGGGAUUCUGGGAAGUGAGCCUCCUCAUACCCCCUUUUGUUCUUCCCACCCUGAUACCUGUUAUUAAGAAAUGAAUAAAAUAAACUCACUUUUUUCCAAUAAAA